GAUUACCCCACCCCUGCACACACACACCUUCACGAGACAAAAACAAAUUAUGGAGCUCACAAAUUCACAAAGUAACAACAUUCCUAACAACUCCUCUCCCACCUCUAUCGCCACCGCUCCUCAGCCCUUUCACCGCCACCAACAUGGCGGCGCUCGAUCGUCGGCGGCCCCUUUUAUCACCUCAAUCACUGCCGCCGCCGCCGCCGCAGCUCAUCAGGCAACUCAUGCUUCAACCUUGCCGUCUACUUCAUCCGCCGGCGCUUCCACCUCCUCCGCCACCGCAGCGCCGCCGUCGCGCCUCGUCGACGCGUCCCUCGCCAUAGCGACAAGAUCGGAGGCGGUAGCUGAGGCGUCGGAGGAGCCGCCGCCGCAGCAGGCGGUGAAAAGGCCGACGAAGGAUCGGCACACCAAGGUGGACGGCCGAGGGCGGCGCAUCCGCAUGCCGGCGGCUUGCGCCGCUAGGGUUUUCCAGCUGACGCGGGAAUUGGGGCACAAGUCCGACGGCGAGACAAUUGAGUGGCUCCUGCAUCAAGCCGAGCCGGCUAUCAUCGCCGCCACCGGCACCGGCACCAUCCCGGCGAAUUUCUCCACGCUCAACGUCUCCCUCCGCGGCAGCGGCGCGGCUCUCGCCGCGCCGCUUUCGAAAUCGGCUCCGUACCCUUUCCACAGCACAUUAGCGCUCGCCACAGCUUCAGCUCACCCAUAUGAAGAAAGCUUCUCUCACAUGCUAGGGUUUCACCAUCAACACGCGCCUCCGCAGCUCUUAACGCCGAGCCAAAUCGCUGAAACAAUUUCCGCCGCCGCCGCCUGCGGCGGCGGCGGCGGAGAUGGCGGUGGAGGAGAAACCACGACGGAGGAUUACCUGAGGAAAAGGUACAGAGAAGAUUUGUUCAAAGAUGAAGGUGCUUCAAGUAAUCCUCAAGGAGAACCUUCUGGAAACUCCACCUCACCUUCUAACAAACAAUUUAAGGGCGGCGCGUCCGCCUCCGCCGCCGCCGCAGCCGGAGCAUUUCCUAGUAUUCUCCGGCAAACCACCGCGCCGAUGCCGGCAACCACCAUGUGGGCGGUUGCUCCGACACCGAGCAGCGGCGGCACAUUAUGGAUGCUGCCGUUCGCCGCCGCAGGCGGCGGCGGCGAGAGCACUUCCGGCGAUGCUCCGUCAGAGACUCAGAUGUGGCCGUUCUCCAACCACAAUUCGAAUCAAACUCUCCAGUCUCACUUACAGUUCGCGCCGCGCUUCAAUCUCCCGGCGAACCUCGAUUUCCAUGGCAGCGGCAGAGACGCUCUGCCGCCGCCGUCGCACCAUCUCGGCCUCGGAAUGUCGGACGGCAACCUGGGCGUGCUAGCAGCUUUCAACAAUGCUUAUUCAAGAACACGAAAUGGCCUGAAUAUGAAUUCAGACGAACAACAACAACAGCAGCAACAUCAAGCUCAAGAUGAGAGUGAUGAAGACGACGACGACAACGAUCCUAACAACUCCUGCACCUGAUAAUCCCAAAAUUGAAUCAAUCGAUGUGUUACAGUGUGAAAGAGUGAAGUUGCUUGAAUAUGCAAGACAAAAACAGGUAUGCAGGAUUGCAGGUUUGUCUGUCAUCAUUAUAUGUUUCUUGUUUUCAGAUUGAGAGAGAGAGAGAGAGAGUGAGAAUGAUUAUAUUUGUAUAGGAAGAUAGUGGGCUGUGAUCUGUACUACUGGUAUAAAGAUUAAAGAAAAUGCAAGAAAGUUGAUUUA